UGGCUGUUCACGUCCCCUCCCCGCAAUUUUGUUUGCUUUUCUCACUCCCUUUAUGUCGCCACAACCAUUUACUUCCACCACCACCUUUUCUGGUUUCGCUCAUGAGUUUGACCCCAUUUUUGUUCCCUCGCCCUCUAUGGGACAUUUCCUUCUCUCCCUCCCCGCCAUUCAAACUUUUCCUGUUUCAUAGCCCCAUUUCCCCCCCCCCGUCCCAUCCUUUCCCCAUGGAUCAGAAGUUGCUGCUGCUAUUAUUAUUAUUAUCAUCCCUAUAUCUGAAAUGAAUUUUUUUUUAAUACUUGAAGCCUUUCCUGUCUUAUCUCCCUGGCAGGAAAAACUUUGCAUUUUCAUCUCAGGCUUCUGUUGAAGGGUCAGGAACAGUUACACGAAGAAGAAAAACGAGUGCUCUAUUCUCUACCCCCCCUUCUCAUCUCCCUGCAUUGCCUCCCACUUUACUCCCCUGCAGUGUGGGUUUGUUUGCUGGCUUCAUCCUUGUUUUCUCACGCUGCUGCCAACAGUUAUUUCUCCUUCUCUAUCAUUAUUCCAUCCUCCUUCAUGUAGCCCUUCUGAAAGUAUCCCCAUUUCUCCCCUUUGUCUCUUAGUCUCGUGAUCAGGCCCAUAGGUAGCCUAAAAGUUUGGGCGGGAAGUAGGAGGAGCCAGAAAAAAAUCUGGAAUAAAUUUAAUAUCUUUUUUCCUAAAAAAAGUAGGGAGGAGAAAGGUGUUAGUGAGCAGAGCUCCCACGUUUAUGAAUCCUCCAUUUGUCCUCGCACUGCUCUCCUUUCAUCUCCCUAUUAUUGUUUUUUUAUCUCUAUGUUCCACAGCCUGACCUUUACAGAAAACUCCCCUACCCCUUCCACAUUGGUUUCCUUUUCCCUCAGCUUCCCUUUUGCUCUCCUCAUAGGCUUUCUCUCACCUUCUGCCCCAAAUGCUUCAGAGGAAAAUACCCUGGAAAGGAGCACAUUUGGGGGCCAGGAAUAGCCAGGGAUAUAAGGAAUAAGUUGGAGAUGUUAAAUCCUGUUGUCAAGACAAUAUUGCAUAACUAUGAUACCCAGGACACGACAACAACAACAAAAAAGGAUGAUGACUCGGACAGUGAAGGGGCUGAACAUGUGGCUCUGGUGUGGCCAGGAUCAGAGAAACCCAAUGGCUCUCCGGAUCCCACUGAUGAAUUCUUCCAAACGACACGUGGCAUCCGUGAAACCCUGAAGACUCUGGAAGGCAAAGUGAAGGAUCUAGAGAAACACCAGUCUACCAUUUUGGCCACACCCAUCCCUGAGGAGAGCAUGAAGCAAGACCUACAAAAGCUACGUGAGGAGAUCAAGGAGUUAGCAAAAGACAUUCGGACCCGCCUGAAGAGAAUUGAGCCCAAGAAGGAUGAGGAAGAUGAGAACAGAAAUUCCAUCAGCACUCGUAUGAAGAGGACCCAGCACGGAAUCCUGUCCCAACAGUUCUUGGAUCUUAUCAACAAAUGCAACUCGACACAGUCAGAGUACCGAGACCGGAAUCUGGACCGCAUCAGGCGGCAGCUGCAGAUUACUGGCAGUGGGGCAGUAUCGGAUGAAGAGCUGGACCAGAUGCUGGAGAGCGGUCAGACCGAGGUCUUUGUCUCCAAUAUCAUGAAGGAUACACAAAUGACAAAGCAGGCUCUGAAUGAAAUCGAGACACGGCACAGUGAAAUCCUGAAACUGGAGCGCAGCAUCCAUGAGCUACAUGAUAUGUUCACAUACCUGGCCACAGAAGUGGAGCUGCAGGGAGAGAUGAUUGACAGGAUAGAGAAGAACAUUCUGGAUUCAGAGGACUACGUCAAGAAAGGACAGAAAAACCUCCAAACCGCACAGCAGAACCAAAAGAAAGCACGCAAGGGUUUAACUCCAGCUUCAUCUCCAUUCUGGAAUGGCUGCUCCCUGCUGUGGGAGGCCUUCGCACUGAUAGAUGGCUGGUGAAGACAUGUUCUGUCCUCGCCCAGUCCUGAAAGCACAUGCUGCCUGUGGCUGCCUCUUUUCCUGUUGCCCAGAAUCAAGAAUCUCCUGAUUUUCCUGUAUCCAAAAUUGUUUCCAGGUGCCUAUAACUCUCAAGAUCUAGAGCAAGCUCUAUGCUUUGUUUUUGAACUUCCUAGUUUGUUAUUUUCUUGUGGCUUAUAGCGCUUGAAUUGUGUGUUUCUCCCCCAGUCUCUUCUGUGCCCUUUAGCCACCCACAAGUAGAUGGUCAAUUCCUAUCUAUAACACUUUCUUUACAGAUACCUCACUGAUACUCCCUCCCCAGUGAAUUCUAGACAGUGUCUCAUCUUGAGACGUCCAGGUUCAAGGCAGCUGUUAUAGUUCCUAACUCUUUUCUUAGGAAACAUCCUCUGCCAUAGUUUUUUUUUUCCCAAUCACACUUUUACUACGUGCCAUGGCACUUUUUUGCAGAUUCUCUCUUUGUCUCACAAGGUAUUGUAUGUCUUUACUAAAGAGCAAAAGGGUAGGUGGAUAUUCUACAGAAUUUGGUGGCGAUGUGUUUGCUCCUUCACAUCCACAGACCUAUCCCUAUUAAAUGUACCCAUGAGGGAGGCAGUGUGAACCUGAAUCUGACACUGUUGCCUUCAUCCUGAGCUGUGUUGUGAGAUUUUUGGAGGCCUUUGAUAUGUACAUAGGGUCUGUUUCAGUUGAAGCAGAGGGCUGUCACAGUUGGCUAAAUGUUCGUUUUUGCUAGGCUGUUUGCCUACUGCUUUCAGUUUUAAAAUCAACGCUUUCUAUGUGCCUCCCUCCCUCUCUGUUAUGCUCUGCCCAGCCUCCAUGUCCCUGGUGCCUUAGGAGUUACGUGAACACACCCUUCUGAGCCUAUGUAUUAGCUUCAGCUUCUCCUUGAAUAUGUUUGUUCUCUUUUCACAAUGAAUUAAUAGAUAAUCCCAGUGCCAACCUGAAAGGUAUUGGGAUAAAAACGCAUCCUCAGGAAACUUGAAUGCAGGCCUUGACCUGCCUGGCUUCAAAACAUCCCCAAGGGGCCAGGGGGAGUCAGGGUCUUGAAAGGAGGGUUAUAGCAAGGAAUAACAGUCAGAACACCUGGGAUUUGUCUGUCUGGCUGUUGCAAGUCUAGCUGAAGAGGGUGGGAACAUCAUGGAGAAAAUGGAAAACACCUUUUGGCCUUGUUUCUGAAAAUCUGGUAUUUUACUACUUGGGGAAAAGAAGACUUGUCCAAAUCAAAGCAUUAAGCAAAAUGUUCCAGUUGCCUUGGAGAUGAAUGUAUUAAAAAAAAAGAAAAGCAGCCUGACUCAAAUUAUUUUGUAAUAUAAAAAUAAAAGCACUUUUUAAAAUG